AUGCGCGGCUUUCUCUCCAUGGUCACUCUGGCCCUAACCGCUAUAUUCUCCAUGUCUGCCAUUAUCACAGCCACCCCCAUCGCCGUGGCCGACGCUAUCGCGGACCCUGCCGCCGAACCCGUGGCGGACGGCUCCAUCGACGUGUCGGAGAACACCGGCCCCGUGCUAGACGCCCGGUAUAAGGUGGUCCCUCUAUGUCCAGCUUUGUGUACUAAGAACGCCCAAUGUGGAAUCUGCAAAAAAAAUUACUGCAAAUAUUUGUCCAAGCAGUCGUAUACCAUUACUGGCCAACCGAAGAUCCGAUACGGGACUUGUGCAAAUAGAUAG